CUUCCCUCCCUCUGUUUUCUUCUCAUGUUUCUCUUUCCUGGGCUAUUGCACAAUUGUGUUGUUUUCAUCUCGGUGGUUCUGUCACAGACACAUGCAGAGAUGGAGGAUCAGCCAGCAGGAGUUGUAUCAGAGGUGAUCACCACCGUGACAGGCGGCAGUAAACCUGUGCACCGCUUCCUCAGAGGACAACCCAAGAGUAUUGGAGUUGUGCUGGUGAUAAUGGGAAUAGGUCUAUUCAUGUUUGGAAUUCCUAUGACUUCGGAAUCAUUUAUACCAACCUUAGAAGAGCAAUUCACCCCAUUCUGGAUUGGGAUCUUGUUCUUUAUCUGUGGCCUGCUUUAUAUACUGUCCGAACGCAACCCCUCUAAAAAGAUAAUCACAGCCAGCCUUGCUCUGAAUAUCAUCUCAAUCAUUGGAGUGCUGAUUGCUUUGCUGGAAUUCUCCAGAGUAAUUGUUGAAAUCAAUUCCAUUGUUGAGGGUCACUAUGAGGGAUACUAUGAGGGUCAAAUGUAUGAGAAUCAGACCGGCAUGGAGAAACUUUAUGCCAGACAACAUUAUAUGUUCGUCAGAGACAUGGAGCUGGUGUUCUGCUGUCACAGCGUGAUAGGAGGCGUUCUGCUUGUAACCAUGUCGUUCUUCGCCAGGGCCGCGUUGAAAUCCAGCAGGACUCAGGCGUUUUUUGUAAUGCGGAACCUGCCAUCAGUGGAGUGAACAGACUGAAAUCAUCUGUCUUAAUGAAGAGGAGCUGACAUCUGUGAGAGCGCAUUAGAAAAUGUCACUAAUAACUAACUGUGAUCUUUAGAAUUGCUUAUAAACAGUGUAUUAAAUGGUAACAAAAUGAGUAGUAGUUUUCUGUGAUAUCAAUAACAAUGUUUUCAACUGAGACCUACAAUGAAAAUAGCAUUCAGAGUGUAGGAACAUUUAUUAUUUGGGUUACACAAUAUAUUACUAUAUUAAGUGUCUCUAAUACCUGUGUACUUACAUAGUAACUAAAUGUCUUCGCAGUAUGUAACCACAGUUUAAGUACACACUGGUAUAUUGUCUCCACAGGUGUAAUAUUUCUGUAACUACACACAUGUAACAAUCCUCAGGAUGGUUUGUGUAAGUAUAAAUGUGUAACAGGACAGACAGUGACUAUACCCUUUUUUUUUCUUUUAUUUUUUUUUUUACCUCACUAAGUACUCAUUUAACAGGAAUUAUAUAACUACAUUUUGUAACAGCAUGUAUAUAAGUAAUUGGAAUCAUUUGAAGGGUGAAGAUGGGUAGGUUUAGGGAUAUGUAAAGUAGGAGUUGGAUCUCGAGGUGGAGUUGGUGCAUUACUGUAAUACUAGUGUUUUUACACUGUAAAAAAAUCAUUUGUUGAGUCAACUAAAAAUACUUUGUUACCUAUUAGUCUAUUUUUUUUUUGUUUUGUUUUGUUUUUUUUUUUGUUAUCUUGACAACAUAUUACUUGUUGAAACAACUUCCCAUUAGAGUGGAAUUAGUCCAGGUAACAAAUGUUUUUAAGUUGACUUGACUAUUAUUUUCUAGUCCAGUCAACCUAAAUCAUGUUGUGUCAACUGGGAUUAUUUUAUUUUUUACUUGGAUCAAUAAUUGUAAUAAAAUGUUACUCCACUGCCUUAAAUUUUUAAAUAAAGAUGACAAAACACUUUUUA